AUGACUACCGCGCAGAUGCACCAGCAGUGCGGCACCAACCACAAGAUGAUCGAGAAGAUGACCAGCAACCUCGAAAUUGCUCGCAAGCAAUACGUGGGAAAAUACGAGAAGGACAUCGUGCACGGCAACGGCAAGACUUGGGUUGGCGCCGAGGCCGACGAGUCCGUCUUCGCUUCCGCGGUUACGGAGGACAAGGAGAUGAAGGAGUGGGAGCAGUGGGCAGGGAUGGCGCAGCGGGGCGAGCCAGACACGCCGGUGCUGUUUAGCUGCCAAGCUUUCGCCCCAAGCUUCCGCUUGCGCCCGCUGUCUGACACGGCGAGCCUGACGGCUGGCAACAUCAAAUCAAUGGGAGAGACCGUCGGCGGCGACGCCCCCGCAACUGAUCGAAUCAAAAACACGUGGCUGCACGUGGCGGCGGCGCAGUCCUUGAAGAAACUCGACAAGCCCGAGCGUUUCCACUCAGACCCUCCCGCUGCUUUCGCCCUCCGCGACAUGCCGCUCCAAUGCGUGGACCACGUCGCGAAACUGAAGCACGUGGUGGAUUGGAUGACGCUGGGGGAUGGCGCCGCGGAGCAAUUGGACACAGUGGGCGUGUGCGACGCCGUGCGCGCGGGCAACUGCACGGCGUUGCCAGCCCCGAUUAAACCCAACAAGGACCGCGGCGAACUCGCCUUCACCAUGCAGAUCUACAUCUUGCCGAAGGACGCGAACGGCGAGCAGCGCGCGCUGAAGUACGCCAGGUUCGAGAACAAGUUUCGGGCCGACAUCGCCAAGGAUAUCUUCGUUGCAGGCAAGGCGCUGACCAUCCACUGGGGGAGCACGGCCGACAACUACACGCCACUCAGGCUCUUCUACCAGAUGAUGGACAGGUUGGGCGGGGUGCAGAUCCGCCAUUGGGCCCAGCCGCCCGCGGCCGGCGCCGCCGACGGCGGCGGCGGUUGCGACAGGGACAAGCGAAGGGCGGGCUACCGUUUCAUAGAGUUCGGCCCGAGGGCAAACAACCGCAACCAGUUCGCGGAGUGGACCGACGAACAGAUUAACGACGAGCAGUCGCCAAUCUUCGUUUGGCUGGCAGCGGAAGUCAAGGAAUCGCUCCGCAACUACGCGUCGGGCUCUGUUGGCGCGAAGACACUCGAGCGCUGGGCCGCCGCGCUCAAGCGCUUCCACCCGUUCGAGUUCGACAACGUCGUCGCCCCUGUUCUCAAGAGCCACGACGUGCAAAGGGCCCUGUGGGUCGGCAAGACCAGGGUCGGCAAAUCCACGGCGUCGAAAACCAUCGGCUCCGCAAUCUCCGCGUGCCAGAUUGAUAAGAAUAGCCGCGCCGACCUCCGUCCGAGCGUUGUCACGACUAAGAAAAUCGACGUCUUGCGGCUCGAUCAUGGAACUGCGUUCAAGCCCGCUAUCCCGGACGACACCGCCCUCGCGAAGUGGGCCCCCGAUGAGAUCCAGGCCCUCCUCGACCCCGCCGAGGAAGACGCGCCGUUGUGGGCAAGGUGGGGCGGCGCCUCCUUCGAGCGGAACCAGCCCCGCCAGAUCUGCGCCAACCCGUGCGAUCAAGAGUUCGAGAAGAAGGCGUAUUCUUUCCGUGCAGGCCAGUAA